UCCCAGCACUGCACUGCAAUUUGGUGGUGGGGGAAGGACAGUCGGUCCAUCUCUUGAUCUUACACCGUGGUCUAUGCUUAGCAGUGUUUUCUGCCGUAAACUUGUGCAUACAUAGUUCAAACUUAAUUUUAAGCAAAAAUGAGUAUUUUAGCAUACAAUGGUGGUGCUAUCAUAGCUAUGAAAGGCAAAAACUGUGUAGCUAUAGCAGCUGAUCGGAGAUUUGGUAUUCAAGCUCAAACUAUAUCUUGCAAUUUUCAAAAAAUCUAUGAAAUGGGACCACAUUUGUAUUUAGGCCUCCCUGGACUUGCCACUGAUAGCCAAACAGUAAUGGAAAGAUUGCGCUUCCGAUUAAAUCUUUAUGAACUUAAAGAAAGCAGAACAAUUCAUCCUAAAACUUUUGGAUCAAUGAUUUCUAAUCUUUUAUAUGAACGAAGAUUUGGUCCUUAUUUUGUAGAGCCCAUAGUUGCAGGAUUAGAUCCUGAAACAUUUGAACCUUUCAUUUGCAAUAUGGAUUUGAUAGGCUGUUUGAAUCUUCCAGAAGAUUUUGUAGUUGGUGGUACUUGUUCAGAGCAGCUAUAUGGAAUGUGUGAAGCUUUAUACGAACCUAAUUUGGAUGCAGAUGAUCUUUUCGAAACUAUUAGUCAAGCACUGGUUAAUGCUUGUGAUAGAGAUGCUAUAUCUGGUUGGGGUGCCAUUGUUCAUAUAAUUGAAAAAGAUAAAAUUACCACAAGAACUAUUAAGACUCGUAUGGAUUAAAUAUUUUCUAUUAAGGAUUACUUUUUAUAAUAAAAUCUUAAUAUGUGAAAUUGUUAAAUAUCAAUAUAAAUUAUCAAAGGCAUCUUCUCAUUUUAAUAGAAUUAAACUUCCUUUACAAUGUAUCCCAUGUUUAGCCAAUAGACUAUGCAGUAGACUUUGUUUUUUAUUUUUAUUAAGAAACAGUUUCUUGUGGAAGAAAGAAUUACAUGUGAUUAAGAAAUAUUAGAAACAGGAUUUUUUUACUCGCAACUUUCUAUAUUUUUUUACAAUUUGUGUUGAGCAUAUAAGUAGUUAAUAACAUUUUUUAACACUUGGGGUUUAUCAGUAAUGAUAACCGUAAAUCUAGGAACAUUUUUGAAGAAACUGAUAUUUGUAAACAAAGCUCUUGAUAUCUAAAUUUUUAGAAAAUCUGUACUUAAUUAAAAUACAU